CAAAUGCUUCAUAUCAUGGCAACCCUGUUUAAGUAGAAUAAAAUUAUUCAGAAAAAGAAGAAGAAUAUUCGUUGCAAAUUGGCAAAAAUCUGUAGAAAAUAUUUGUUUAUAUUACUUAAAAGUGUUAAAUAAUCUUUAAAAUACAAGCAUAAUAAUCAUAUUAAAUUUAUUUUAUUAAAUAUGCGGCUGCGGCGUAAGUUUUUUCCACGGACUUUGCGCGAUAUAGGAUGUUGCUUAAUGAUGAUAAUUUUCAUACCAAUAACGUUCGUAUUUGAGUUGACCGUUGUUCUCCCUGAGUUCCAUGCUACUAAUGGAACAAUCUAUUGGCUUACAUGCUUAUUUGGAAUAUUUCUUCUAUUUAACUUAAAAGCGAAUAUGCUAGCAUGCAUGCUGGUAGACACAAGUGCUAGAACUGUGGUAUUAAUGCCACCGACAAAUGAACGUCAACGUCACUAUUGGCGAUAUUGUUCGGUUUGUGAAAUGUUGGCUCCACCGCGUUCUUGGCAUUGUAACAUAUGUGAUACAUGCAUACUCAAACGGGAUCAUCAUUGCGGCUUUACUGGGUCAUGUAUUGGGCAACAAAAUCAUCGUUAUUUUGUUUUCUUUGUUCUUUAUUUGGCUAUUGGCGCCACAUAUGCCGCCAUUUAUAAUAGUAUCUACUUGUGGUGGUUGCAUUCGGAGACUUACGUCAAUUGGUUUACCGCUAUAAAAAUCGUAUUUCCUAUGUUUAUGCUCUGCCUCGAUGUAUCGUGGCAAAAUUUUUAUUUGCUCAUCUACAUGCUGAAUAUAAUUACAAGUGCUUAUUCCAUUGUGCUUAUCGCUUAUCAUGCUCCUUUUAUAUUGCGUGGAGCUAAGAACUGUGAGCGGGAUGCGAAACGGUAUGAUCUUGGCUUACGACGAAAUUUGGAAAUGGUUUUAGGCAAGCGAAUGCACUUGACUUGGAUAUCACCAUUCAUCCAGAGUGAAUUGCCGCAUGAUGGUAUACAUUGGGAAAACGUUAUAGACGAGACGGAAAAGCGCCGAUAAAACUACAGUAUUGGCAUAUGCGAGUAUAAUUAAAGAAUCUCUAGUCUAAUUCCAUAUAUUAUGUGAAUUUUUAAAAGCAUUUAUCUUACGUGAAUCGAAUUGUACACUGAUUGUGGAUUCAAACCAGUGUUUGUUUAAUAAAAAAAAUUUCUGUCUACAAUUUUAUAUAGCUAA